CCCUCCAUUUGAAGAUUAGCUCAGAAGUUUGUUGGUGAACCACAGGACAGCGCUGAAAACAGUCGGCAGUAAUGGCGUGUAAAAGAGGAGCGCUCAUUGUGAUGGAGGGAGUGGACAAGGCCGGGAAAACUACGCAGUGCAAGAAACUGGUUGAGGCGCUGCAACAGAGCGGCCGACCCGCAGAGAUGAUUAGAUUCCCCGACAGGACCACGACAAUUGGACAGCUGAUAAGCGCUUACCUGGAGAAGAAAAGUGAUUUGGAGGACCACACGGUGCACCUGCUGUUCUCUGCAAACCGCUGGGAACUGGUGCCUUUAAUGAAGAAGAAGCUGGAGCAAGGCACCACUCUGGUCGUAGAUAGGUACGCGUUCUCGGGAGUUGCUUUCACCAGUGCAAAGCCGGGUUUCUGUCUGGACUGGUGUAUGAAACCUGACGUGGGACUGCCAAAGCCGGACAUCGUUAUGUUCCUACGGCUCAGUCCGGCCGAGGCUGCUCUCAGAAGUCAGUUUGGAGAAGAGAGAUAUGAGACCAGUGUUUUCCAAAGCGCGGUCCAACAGAACUUUGAACAGCUGAUUAAGGAUCCGUCCGUCAACUGGCAGGCAAUUGAUGCUUCUCAGAGCGUUGAGGACGUGCACGAGAACAUCACAACCCACAGUCUAAAUACCAUCAACACAAGUCAAAACCUGCAACUUGGAGAGCUGUGGAAGUGAAACUGAACCACUUUGUUUGGUGAAGCGACUAAAAAACUCUGCAACACACUUCUUGCUUAGAAAUUUAAGAGAUGAUGCACCAUUGUCAAAUGAUUUUAAUCCUCAUACAUUGUUUUUUCACCUGUCUAUAUACUGUGCUGAUUAAAUAAAUAAUCAAAUGAAC